UUCUGUUGACAAAAUAGUUGCAUUCUGUUUCCGGUUACCGAAGCAGCCGUUAACCAGUCAACGUUAACUUCCUCAUCUUCUCUACAAUAUCCUCAUCGAAGUUUUAACCUACACGUGUCCACCAUUUGUUGAUCUGCAAAACCCUCGUUCCCAGUACCUAUCGCGCCGCCUCUUUACCCUUCGAUUUUUCCUAUAAAUCAAUUCACUCACUCCCCAUCACUCAUCAGAAGAUCGCCGUCAACUCACCGGUGAACUAUCUCCGGCACCACCGGAUAUGUUCGAUCCCCUUUUUGGUAACUCACGUGAGCCCCCAAUUUUGUGUUUUCAGUCGGAAAGUUAGUAACUUUCACACGCAAAUGGAUAGCAUUAGGGUUUCCCACGAGUUUCUUCAUUAGGGUUUCUAAUUUUAUCUUGUUUUGAUCAGUUUUGUGGCUGUUAAUUGAUUGUAGGUAAGGUGUUUGAUGAAAUGCCUCAAUAGGGUUAUUAGGACUAGUGUUGUUUUAUUUGUUUGUAGAAUGGUUUUGGUCAUUGGUGGGUGUUAAUUAGAUUGAUCUGAUAGUGUAGAUAAGGUGUUUGAUGAAAUGACUCAACAGGGUUAAUAGGAUUAGUGUUGUUUUAUUUGUUUGUAGCAUAGUUUUACUCUUACAGCUGCCUGAUCUGUUUAAGUUGAGUGUAACGAUAAAGUGGCGAAGAUGAGUCUGCGUGCGACCGAGGAUGAUUCGGGAACGGAGAUUCAUCUCCCGGCUGACAUUGAUUGGGAGAUGUUAGAUAAGUCCAAGUUCUUUGUCCUCGGUGCCGCCUUGUUCUCGGGUGUUUCGGGGAUGUUGUAUCCGAUUGUGGUGCUGAAAACGCAGAAACAAGUGCUUGCGAAAGACAUGCCUUGCGUUAAGCUAGCGGUUUCGAUUCUACGACAUGAAGGUUGUAGGGGGUUUUAUAGAGGUUUCGGGACAUCGUUGAUGGGUACCAUUCCAGCUAGAGCUCUUUACAUGGGGGCAUUGGAGAUGACCAAGAGCAACGUCGGUUGUGUUACAGUGAGCAUGGGGUUUUCAGAGGCGAAAGCAGCCGCUAUAGCUAAUGCUGCAGCGGGGUUGAGUGCAGCUAUGGCUGCACAGUUGGUUUGGACGCCUAUCGAUGUUGUGAGCCAGCGGCUAAUGGUUCAAGGUGGAAACACCGCCCACACCGGCGCAGUUAGAUACAAUGGCGGUAUUGAUGCGUUUAGGAAAAUCAUCCAGACCGAUGGUGUUCGUGGGUUAUACCGGGGGUUCGGGAUUUCAAUCCUGACGUACGCCCCGUCUAACGCUGUGUGGUGGGCGGCUUAUUCCAUGGCUCAUAGGGCGGUUUGGGGCGGUAUCAGUUGUUACUAUUUAAAAAAAGAGGGAAACGGUGGGGUUGGGUUUACACCAGAUUCUAAGACUGUAGUGGCGGUGCAGGGGGUGAGUGCCGCCAUGGCUAGUGGGUUUUCAGCGUUGGUUACAAUGCCGUUGGAUACAAUCAAGACGAGACUACAAGUUUUAGACGGUGAAGGAAGUAACGGGAAGCCGAGUAUCGGGCAAACGGUUAAAAAUUUGGUGAAAGAAGGUGGAUUGAGUGCUUGUUACAGAGGAUUAGGCCCGAGAUUGGCCUCAACGUCUAUGUCAGCAAUUACGAUGAUCACCACCUACGAGUACCUCAAGAAGCUUUCGACGAAGGAUCAAGAUUGCCAUGCGGGUUGAGGAGUUUCUUCGAUAGAGAAUUUACAGGAUCAAGACCAACGAAGUCAACUAUGGCCUCCACGUAGACGGUUAUGCUUCUGAGACAAAAGCGAGAUGGUUCCGUGCUGCUCCAUGGCUCGCGCCGGAUAGGGUUAGGCGAAAUUGGCAUACUUGUUGCCAUUAUCUAUAGUUUUAUUUUAUACAUGAAUGAAUGUUAAAAUAACCUUUUUGAAUGGUGUUGACAUAGAUGAAGAAGUCUAUAAUAAGAGAUGUUUUUGCCACUUCACUUUUGACUUAAAUUGCGCUUUUUACAA